AUCGGCGAGGGCGCGGCGGUGCCACACGAGUACAUGGUGUCCCUGUACAGGACUCUGGCUGUCAGCGAGAGGCUCGGGCUCAACCGCAGCCUCAUCCCAGCUCCAACCCGAGCCAACACGGUCUCCAGCUUCGUGGACCAGGGAAACGUACGUGUUAACCUCAGUCCCUUAUCAAAACAGAGAUACCUGUUUGAUAUUUCCAGCCUGCCAAACACGGACGAGCUGGUAGGAGCCGAAUUGAGGAUUUUCAGAAAAUUCCCUGAAAACCUGCAUGCGGCGCUGUCUCGGGGAGGGAACAUGUAUCGCAUUUUGCUUUAUUCCUGCCCAGAGGCGGGGAGUCACCAACCAAAACGGCUCGACUCCAGGACAGUGGAUCUUUUGGACAUUGAUUCCUCCAACUGGCAAGUCUUUGACGUGAGGGAUUUCAUGCAAGGCCAUGUCCCCUCGACCCUGCUGUGUUUAGAUGUGAAAAUUAUUUCCGAUUACUCAAAAGAGGCUGCAGAUCCCACACUUUUGGGAUUCAACAGGUCUGAUCGCCAGCCUCAGGAGAAAGCCUUGCUGGUGGCUUUCAGUAACACCAAGAAAAGAGAGAACCUCUUCCGGGAGAUCAGAAAUACCAUCAAAUCCCUGGGUGGGGUGGAUUCACCAGCAGCCAACCAGGAAGCCAACGUCAAGCGCCGCAGGAAAAGGAGAACAGCAUUUUCCAGCAGAUCGGGCAGAGGGAGCGGAAAAAAAUCCAAAUCCAGAUGUAGCAGGAAACCUCUUCAUGUCAACUUCAAGGAGCUGGGCUGGGAUGACUGGAUCAUAGCGCCUUUAGACUAUGAGGCCUAUCAUUGUGAAGGGAUUUGUGAUUUCCCUCUCAGAUCUCACCUGGAGCCUACUAACCAUGCCAUCAUACAAACGUUGAUGAAUUCAAUGGACCCAGAGUCCACGCCUCCCAGUUGUUGUGUCCCAUCCAAACUCAGCCCCAUUAGCAUUUUGUACAUUGACUCCGGCAAUAACGUGGUGUAUAAGCAGUAUGAAGACAUGGUCGUGGAAUCGUGCGGUUGCAGGUAG